AUGGACGCAGUGAAUCUCUUAUCUGAAUCCUACAUUGGCAUUCCUUCUAUGUGCAACGCUACAGCUAAAUCAGUCGAUUCCAUUGGACUUAACAGUGAUCACAUUUUACGAAAAGCGAUUCGACAUCAAUUGAGAAAUCGAUUUGAUCCACAACGCUGCGAUGAGUUCUUUAUGCAAUUGAACGAUCAAAUGGCUCCAGAAUGGCUCGAUGUGAUUUUGGAAGAUAUCGAUUGGAGACGAACCUUUUACGAGUUGUUGGAAAAGCAUCCCAAUUGCGUGUUUCUCAAUUUCGCCAUCUUGCGUAUUGCUGAAGCAGGUCAUGACAAAGAGAUCGCCAAACUGAGAACAGCAUCCACCUACGUCAAAGUGUAUAAUCUGAUCCUCAAUGAUGCGUUAUCAGACCUGACGACCAAAGACAAUGUUGAAUUCGACGAUGAGCUACCCAGUCUUGUUAGAGUUUGCUGUGAACGAGAAGACACCUACUUGUACGUCCAAAUCUUACUUCGACGUCUAGCCGAUGAAUAUGGCGCCACACCCUUCACUCGCCUUCGAAGAGAACUUGAAUUGGCUGCUAAAAAGAAGGGAAACAUGGCUAUUGUCGAUGUCAUUCAUACACACAUUUCAGAUGCGCCUGUAGAAUUGUCAAAAACCAUCAAAUCCAUCAUGAACUCACCCAACAUUACACCCGGUGAUCUCGUUGCACUAAAAAGAUUUUAUGCGUCUGAACAACCACCAGCAGCUCGUCAUUUAUGCGAUUACGAUUUAAUAAUCAAGAUGCUGGCAGCUUUAUAUGUACCUCAGCAUGGCGCAUUACUGAGACAGGAUCUAGUGGAUGAUGUGACCUUCUUGGUUGCUUAUGCCACCACUAUGAACGACACAAAACCACGAUCUGAACAAGAGGGUGAUAUCCAUAAAGUGCAGUUGGUUUUGAGGGAUUUGUACACAUCAUUGGUCAACAAGACAGAAGUAGGAAGCAUCACUGGAGCCAUGAAGUACAUCAUUAGCGCUAUUCGAUUCCCUAUUGGCUCCAUGGGUGUCUUGAUGUGGAUAGAGUACAUGGCGAUGCACACAGCUUAUUUCGAGACAUACUUUCGUACUAAAGAAACACCUGUUCUAUUAUUGAUAUUGGAUGAAAUUGCCAGCAGACAUCAAUUACAACAACCCAUCGUGUUUAGUUUGAUUCAGCGAUGCAUCAAGCACAAAACAGAUGUGUUUGCACCUGAAAUCCAGCUUGCAUUGCAACGUACUUGGGUGGAUCGUAUGCUCUACUUGGUUCAAUUGAACUAUACAAUCCCAGUACUGAAAUACUUUGGUGGUCCUGGCCGUGAAUUGGAUGACAGUCUGAUUGUCCACUUUGUCAAGAAGCUAUUGAGAAUGGCACAAGCACCUUACAGUUCCCUGUUCAUUCGUCACAUGAUUGCUAUUGUGGAGCCUCUUGUGGAGAAUCUGGCAUUGAUCAAGGAUGUUCAGCAGCUGGCCAUCCACUUUUUCGAACAAGCAUUAGAUGGAGAAGAAAAUCUGACUGAGGCAGAACAGCAUAAAAUCAAGCAAAUUAUCGAGCAAUGUAAAUAA